AACGAAAAUAGUAAAAGUUGACUAACUAAAACAACUCACUGUAAAAUAAAUCGUCACUCAUAUCGAUGGAUUUAAAUUGUACCAGCUCAGUUGAUUCCUGAAAAAGUAUAGAAAGAAAAAAAAACGAAAAAUGAAUUCCAACCUGUAUCUAGUUGUGUUGUGUUUAGUUUCCUCGAUUGGCCUUAGCAAUGGCUUGAAAUGUUUCAACUGUGAUUCACAUGACGAUAAAGACUGUUUCGAAUUAAAUGGAAAUACUACCGAACUUGUUCCGGAGGAAUGUACCAUUGAAGCGGUUUAUGGUGGUCCCUUAUCUGGAUUUCAAUUAGGCGUUACCACACAUUAUGCGGGAACGAAAUACGCCAGCAGUCUUGGGGUCGAAUACGAUUGCAUGAAAACAGAAAUCACUGUCAAGAGAACCGUUUUCGAAAAUGAAACAAGUCAAGUAUCUGAAAGGAAUGUUUAUGUUACCAGGGCGUGUUCAAUCAAGUCAGAACCGGAUGCUUGUGAUCGAUUUAAGAACAUGUUAAAAGGCAGAGCAAAUUCUGAGUUAAUAUUUUGUGGUCAUUGUGAUUCCGAUGGAUGUAACUUUGCUACGUCGAUAGUCGCUUGGCCGUCAAUGUGUAUCCUUGCUGUAGUGUUACUGGUGAUUAAAUAUAGCGUAAAUUGAAAACAAGGCUCUGUCACUGGCAGGGAAGAAACGUCAUUCUAAUAGAACAUUAGACAGCUCACUCCGAUUUAUUUCGCUGUUUCUGGAAGAGGCCAUCCAUAAAUUAUAUUUUACGCAUCUGAAAUCCUUUCAUAUUUUACGGGACAUAAUUGGUCAACGGUCUCUUCUUCUUCAUAUUUUUUUUUCUUUCUUCUUUAUUGUUUCGUUCAUCACCCAAUUGUGAAUCCAACCAACCCGCCGAUGCCAAUAGCUUACAAAUUAAAAUCAUAAUUUAUUAUAAUAGUAACCAUAUCUCAAUCAUGAAUAUAUACAUAAACAUUGAUUUAAGAAACGCCA